AUGAGUCGCUGUGGAGGGACCUGGGCCUCCGGCGGCAGCUGCGGCGACUGCGGUCGGAGUCCGGCCGGGCCCCGGGUCCUGCGCGGCGCUUUGCCGGCCGGAGCGGUCUGUGGGCAGCGCGGCCCCCCAGCCCGCGUCUCCCCCUCUGCGGUGGCGGCGGGAGGGUCGCGGGGAGAGUCCCGCCGGGAGCCAGUGACCUUUGAGGAUGUGGCUGUGAACUUCACCCUGGAGGAAUGGGCUCUGCUGGAUCCUUUCCAGAAGAAGCUCUUCAAAGAUGUUAUGCAGGAAACCUUCUGGAACCUGAUCACUAUAGGAAAACAAUGGAAAAAUCAGGCCAUUGAUGAUCACUACAAUUCCAGGGGAAAUCUAAGAAGUCAAGUGUUAGAGAGACUCUGUGAACAGAAAAAAGAUGGUCAAUGUGGAGAAAUCCUCAGCCAUAUAAUAGAUUCUCUUGUUAACAAAAGAAGUUCUGGAGUAAAACCAAGUGAACACCAUAUGUGUAGAGAAGUCACCAUUGCUGAUCCAUCCCUAGCUGUGCCCCUGACAGCUCAUACUGGACACAAAGCACAUGAGUAUCAGGAACAUGGAGAGAAGCCAUAUGAAUAUAAGGAAGAUGGGAAAGCCUUGCAUGAUCCCCAGCGUUUCCAGAAGCAUGAAAGAACUCACACAGCGGAGAAACCCCAUGUGUGUAAGCACUGUGGAAAAGCUUUCAGUUCUUCCAGCUACCUUAAAAUCCAUGAACGAAUUCACAGUGGAGAGAGACCUUAUGUGUGUAAGCAAUGUGGAAAAGGCUUUAGUUCUUCUGGUGACAUGAAAAGGCAUGAACAAAUUCACACUGGAAAGAAACCCCAUGUGUGUAAGCACUGUGGAAAAGCCUUUAGUUCUUCCAGCUACAUUAAAAUCCAUGAGCAAAUUCACAGUGCAGAGAAACCCUAUGUGUGUAAGAAAUGUGGAAAAAGCUUUAGUUCUUCUAGCCAAAUGGAAACACAUGAACAAAUUCACAGUGAAGAGAAACACUAUGUGUGUAAGCAAUGUGGAAAAGGCUUUAGUACUUACAGGUAUAUGAAAAGACAUGAACAAAUUCACAAUGGAGUGAAACCCUACACAUGUAAACAAUGUGGGAAAGGCUUUAGUACUUCUAGAUACAUGAAAAGACAUGUACUAAUUCACAGUGGAGAGAAAUCUCAUGUAUGCAAGAAAUGUGGAAAAGGCUUUAGUACUUCUAAGUACUUGAAGAUCCAUGAACGAAAUCACAGUGAAGAGAAACCCUAUACAUGUAAACAAUGUGGGAAAGCUUUCAGGCAUUCCAAAGCAAUCAGAAGACAUGAAAAAACUCACACUGGAGAAAAACCCUAUGUAUGUAAGCAGUGUGGAAGAGGCUUUAGUUCUUCUACCAAUUUUAAAACACAUGAACGAAUUCAUAGUGGAGAGAAACCCUAUGUAUGCAAGAAAUGUGGAAAAGGCUUUAGUUCUUGCAACUCAAUUAGAAUACAUGAACGAAUUCACAGUGGAGAGAAACCCUAUGCAUGUAAACAAUGUGGGAAAGCUUUCAGUUAUUACGGUUCAAUCAGAAAACAUGAAAAGUCUCAAAACACUGGAGAAAAACCCUAUGUAUGUAAGCAAUGUGGAAAAGCCUUUACUUCUUAUAGCCAUACCAAAACUCAUGAAUGA